AGUGACUUGGGUCAAUACAUGUAUUAGUUUAUCUGUCAUUGCGCAGCUGACGCAACGUUGACAUUGUCCACUUCAAUUUCAGUGUGUCAACUAGCUACAACAGUAUCGUCGGCAUUAGAGGACAUGGAUGUGUAACUAACCAAAACGUGAUUAUAAUUUUUUAAUAGUAGAGCUGUUCCCGAGCGUAGUAUUCUGAUAUGCAUGUGUACGGAUAAAUACCCAUUAUAUUUAUUGUCGCUAAAUUAAGGAAAUAAUGUUUAGGCAGAGUAAAACAGUUCUCCAGAAACUUCGAUUUCUAAGUUUCCAGGGGCAUAAUCCAUCAUGGAGGUUCAGGAGCACCCCAGCAACAGAGAGGGCAUUGCAGUACCAGGCAGGACAGAAGAUCCAUGGCUUCACAGUCAAGGAGGUGGCUGAUGUUCCUGACCUGUUCCUUACAGCUGUCAAACUGACCCAUGACAACACAGGUGCCCAGUAUCUACACGCAGCUAGAGAUGACAAAAACAAUCUCUUUAGUGUUCAGCUCAGGACGACCCCGAUGGACAACACAGGGGUUCCACACAUCCUGGAACACACAGUGUUGUGUGGCUCAGAGAAGUACCCCUGCAGAGACCCCUUCUUCAAGAUGCUCAACAGAUCACUCUACUUCAUGAAUGCAUUCACAGCCAGUGAUUUCACCAUGUAUCCAUUCUCCACACAAAACGGGAAAGACUUCCAGAAUCUCCUAUCUGUGUAUCUGGAUGCAGUGUUUUUCCCUUGUCUGGGGGAACUAGAUUUUCGGCAGGAGGGAUGGAGACUGGAGAAUGAAAACCCUACAGAUCCUACCUCCCCUUUGGUCUUCAAAGGAGUUGUCUUCAAUGAAAUGAAGGGUGCUUUUUCAGACAAUGAGCAAGUGUAUGCCCAGCACCUCCAGAACAAGCUGUAUCCUGACCACACAUAUGGUGUGGUGUCUGGAGGGGAACCUCUGGCCAUCCCUGACCUCUCCUGGGAGCAACUCAAGCACUUCCACGCCACACACUACCACCCCAGCAACGCAAGGUUCUUUACCUACGGGGACAUGCCCUUAGAGCAGCACCUGAAACAGAUCCAUGAGGAGGCUCUGUCCAAGUUUGAACGCACUGAGCCUGACACUGCUGUCCCUAACCAAGUCCACUGGGACAGGCCCAGAGAGGACCAUGUGACCUGCACUCCCGAUGCUAUGGCUCCUGAUGCAGCCAAACAGAACACACUGUGUAUGAGCUACCUGCUUGGAGAUAUCACAGAUACAUUUGAGGGCUUCACCCUGAGUCUGAUGUCUUCUCUGAUGAUUUCUGGACCCAACGCUCCCUUCUACAAGGCCCUUAUAGAACCCAAGAUAGGAACAGACUUCUCUUCUGUCGUAGGAUAUGAUGGGAGCACCAAAGAGGCAUCGUUCAGUAUUGGCUUACAAGGAAUGGCCGAAGAAGAUAUCGAGAAAGUCAAGCAAAUCAUCAUCCAAACCUUUGAUGAGAUCAUUGCUAAUGGAUUUGAGGAGGAGAGGAUAGAGGCCCUGCUUCAUAAGAUUGAGAUCCAGAUGAAACAUCAGUCUACCAGCUUCGGCCUGUCUCUGGCCUCGUACAUAGCUUCCUGUUGGAACCAUGAUGGAGACCCGGUUCAGCUGCUGAAGAUCUGCGACAGUGUGACCCAGUUCAGACAGGCCUUGAAGGACAACCCUCRCUUCCUCCAGGAGAAAGUCGUGCACUACUUCAAGGAUAAUACUCACAGACUGACUCUGUCUAUGAGUCCUGAUGAGGCGUACCUGGAGAAACAGGUCAAAGCAGAGGAGGAGAAACUCCAGAAGAAGAUACAGGCUCUGUCUGAGAGUGACAAGAAAGACAUCUAUGAGAAAGGUCUUGAGCUGCUAUCCAUUCAGAGCAAGACCCAGGAUGCUUCAUGUCUCCCUGCCCUGAACGUAUCUGAUAUUGAGCCAACGAUAGCAGUCACACGUGUGGAGAUGGGCACUGCAGGAGGAGUGCCAGUACAGUACUGUGAGCAGCCCACCAAUGGCAUGGUCUACUUCAGAGCUAUGUGUAGUCUCAACAGCCUCCCUGAGGACCUCAAACUAUACGUUCCCCUCUUCUGCAGUGUCAUCACCAAGAUGGGCUGUGGAGGGCUGGACUACAGGCAGCAGGACCAGCAGAUGGAGCUGAAAACAGGAGGCAUGUCCAUCUCCACAUCAGUCAACCCUGACUACUCUAACAUGGAUAUGUAUGAACAGGGAGUUCUMCUUUCAUCUUCCUGCCUGGAGAGGAAUCUUCCUGAUAUGUUUCACCUGUGGAGUGACAUAUUCAACAGCCCGCACUUUGAUGACGAGGAGCGUCUGCGUGUGCUGGUCAUGAUGUCGGCUCAGGAACUGGCCAAUGGGAUCUCUAAUUCUGGUCACAUGUAUGCCAUGACACGGGCAGCUCGCAACCUUACCCCAACAGGAGAACUACAGGAGACCUUCGGAGGGAUGGAGCAGGUCAAGUUUAUGAAGAGGGUCGCAGAGAUGCCAGACCUCACCCAAGUUCUACGGACACUUCCUAGAAUCAAGAGACACAUUCUCAACCCACUGAACAUGAGAUGUGCGGUUAAUGCAACACCGCAGAAGAUGUCUAAUGCCGCUGGACAGUUGGAUAACUUAAUGUGUAACGUUGCUUCCAAUAAGAAGGAUCGCAAACCAGUCCAGUCCAAUAUCACUGAGAGACCUCUUGACCCACUGGCACCCCCUGGAUCUGGCCCAAGUAGAAAACUUGUCGCUGAGCCCAACUUCAAGCCCUGCCAGAUGAAGACAUUUUUCCCAAUGCCCUUCCCAAUCAACUUUGUCAGCGAGUGUAUCCGCACCGUGCCCUUCACCCAUGAGGACUGUGCCAGCCUGAAUAUCCUGGCCCGGAUGAUGACKUCUAAGUACCUGCAUGGAGAGAUCAGAGAAAAGGGUGGGGCCUACGGUGGAGGGGCCAGGAUGGGAGGAGGACUAUUCACCUUCUAUUCAUACAGAGACCCCAACACGGUGCAGACUCUGUCAGCGUUCCGUAAGGGUGUGGACUGGGCCAUAUCAGGACAGUUUACCCAGCAGGACAUCAAUGAGGCCAAGCUGUCCAUGUUCUCAGCCGUGGACUCCCCCGUCGCCCCCUCCGAUAAAGGUAGAGCACCCAUAUUCCCUAUUUAGUGCACUACUUUUGACCAGAGACAUUGGGGGUAGCCCUAUGGGCCCUGGUUUAAAGUAGUGCACUAUGUAGGGAAUAAGGUCCCAUUUGGGACUYACUCAGAGCCUUCCAUACUGAACAGAAACCCCACUGGAUGACAAAUACUACAGCUGACAAAAGAUGGGCCCUUCCUUAUCUCUCCUGGAGUUGUCCAAGCUCUAAACCUCUACCUGACAUUUAACAUGCUGUUCGUUUAUGUCCUUUAUGUCCUGUUAACUUUUACUGUACAUGAGGACAGCACUGGACACAUUUACAGUGUCUACAAAGACAUACAUUUCAUUGGAGACUUCUAAAUGACAAGUUAUAAAUGGACCAAAACAAAGAGAUGAAAUAGACCGACUGUCAAUCCAUGUCUUGACACAUCACACCACCGUGUUGCAGGWAUGGGCCGAUUCCUGAGUGGAAUCACAGAUGAGCUGAAWCAGGCCCACAGAGAGAGACUCUUUGCUGUCACAGACAAGAACAUUGUCGAUGUGGCUGGCAGGUACCUUGGCAUUGGACAAAGGACAUGUGGAGUUGCUAUUCUGGGCCCCGAGAAUGACACCAUCAAGAAAGACCCCUCAUGGGUGGUAAAAUAACCAGACAUGGAAUUAUCCACUUUUGUAUUUUCCAAUUAAGUGACUUCAGAGGCACUGUGUCAUAAGAUGGUGAACAUCAAUGUUACUUGAUUGUCCUGAAUAACUGGACUGUGUCCAGUAAUAAUAUAACUUGAAUUGUAUUGAAUUAACCAGAAAGUCUAUAUGGUUUUUGGGCAAAAAUGGAAUGCGCACAACAGAGAACAGAUGCUCUGAUAGAUAAAAUUACGCCUCACCUCGAUACCAUAUUCAUAAUAUACAAUUAUGACAACAUACAUUUCAUUUAUUAGUGUACUUUCUAGACAGACUCAACUCUGGCUUCUAAAUGUAUGCAAGUAUGUACAAAGAUGGCUUCUGUCUAUUGAAAUACUGUAUUUCCAUAGGGUACAUAUACUGAACAAAARUAUAAACACAACAUUUAAAGUGUUGGUCCCAUGUUUCAUGAGCAGAAAUAAAAGAUCCCAGACAUUUUCCAUGCACAUAACAAAAAAAAAAUAUCUCAAAAAAUGUGCUUACUUCCCGGUUAGAGAGCAUUUCUCCUUUGCCAAGAUAAUCCAUCCACCUGACAGCUGUGGCAUAUCAAGAAGCUGAUUAAACAGCAUG